UCCCACCCUCGUCUUGCUCCGCCUUUGCCGAGAAUCUCCGCGCCUUGCGGCGGCUUACGGAAUCCGCGCGCUGUCAGCUGACUUGUGCGGUCAAGAUCCGAUCCGUCGAGAUCUAUCGCUUACAGUAGCAUCUCGCAGGCGACAUUCGUCGGUUCGGUUCGUUUCGUUUCGUUUCGUUGUUGAAACCACUGUCGCCUAGUCGCCCGCGGAUUCCAUGGGCGAACCCGAUUCAUGGGAGGAUAUCGCGGGCCAGCAGCAGCCGCCGGCACCGGGCGGAUAUUACAACGCGCCUCCCGGCGCAGCAGGCGGAGCGCUCAACGUUAACGCGGCGGCGUUCGCGUUUAACCCGACGGCCAACACUUUCAUGCCCAACUACCCCGGCCAACCCGCUCCUGGUGGUGCUCCUGGCGCGUACGGUUACAACCAAGGCGGGUACGCUUACAACCCGCAGGCGGCGUACGGUUACAACCAAGGCGGGUACGGUUACAACCAGGGCGGGUACGGUUACAACCAGGGACAGCAGUACGGCGGAGGUGGGUAUCAGCAGCAGCAGUACGGCGGGGGAGGGUACCAGCAGCAGCAGCAGCAGUACGGGGGAAGGGGAGGGCGAGGGGGUGGCGGAGGGCGGGGAGGCGGAGGAUACAGCGGGGGACGGGGAGCAGGCGGAGGCGUUGCGGGCGCGCAGGGGCAGCAGCCCCAGCAGCAGCAGUAUGCGCAGCAGCCGCAGCCGCAGCAGCAGCAGUCAUCGGGGCCUGCUGUUACUAAAACCCUAGGCGGUCCCGCGUCGUCCGGUCCUGCAGUCUCGAAAACCCUCGGGGGCCCUGCGGUCUCCAAGUCCCUUGGCGGACCCUCCGUGCAGAAGGUUCUCGGCGCAACUGCACCCGCGGCUGCCCCCGCGCCAGCAGCGGCGGUUUCCGUCCCUCCCGCCGCAGCCGCUGCUCCGCCCGCGGCGGAGGAGGAGAAGCCCGCGGAGGCGGAAGCGGAAGUGAAAGUGGAGGGAAAGGCGGAGAUCCCAGCGGAAAGCGAUGGAGCAGCGGAUGCAGCAGCGGCAGGCGUGGCAGCGCUGGACAUCAAGGCGGACGCCAAGGACGACGCGGCCCCUUCAACAGCAGCAGACGGAGCAGCGGCAGACGUCAAGCCCGAAGCAGCAGCGGCGGCAGCAGCAGCAGCGGCGGUGGUGGAGGAGGAGGAGGUGGCGGAGGAGGAGUUCGAGAUCCCCGAGUCGGAGGACAAGCGGCAGCACCUCAACCUCGUCUUCAUCGGCCACGUUGACGCGGGCAAGUCGACGAUCGGCGGGCAGAUCCUGUACCUGGCGAACAUGGUGGACGAACGCACCAUCCAGAAAUACGAGCGCGAGGCCAAGGACAAGAACCGAGAGAGCUGGUACAUGGCGUACAUCAUGGACACCAAUGAGGAAGAGAGGGCCAAGGGCAAGACGGUGGAAGUUGGGCGGGCGCACUUUGAGACGGAGAAGAAGCGAUACACCAUCCUCGAUGCCCCUGGCCACAAGAACUACGUGCCCAACAUGAUCAGCGGAGCCUCCCAGGCCGACGUGGGUGUGCUGGUGAUCGCGGCGCGCAAGGGCGAGUUUGAGACGGGGUUCGAGCGCGGCGGGCAGACGCGGGAGCACGCGCAGCUGGCGAAGACGCUGGGCGUUUCCAAGAUGGUGGUGGUGGUGAACAAGAUGGACGACCCCUCUGUGCAGUGGAACCAGGAGCGGUAUGAUGAGAUCGUGACCAAGCUCACUCCGUUCCUCAAGCAGUGCGGCUACAACACCAAGAAAGACGUGCAGUACCUGCCCAUCUCGGGCAUCCAGGGCGCCAACAUGAAGGAUCGCGUCAAGAAGGACGUGUGCCCCUGGUACGACGGGCCGUGCUUCUUUGAAGUGCUCGACGCCCUCACCCCGCCCGACCGCGACCCCAAGGGCCCCGUUAGAAUGCCCAUCAUAGACAAGUACCGUGACAUGGGCACGGUGGUGAUGGGCAAGGUGGAGAGUGGCUGCAUCAAGCGCGGCGACACUCUCACCGUCAUGCCCAAUAAGACGGUGGUGAAGGUGGUGACCAUAUUCCGCGACAACGACGAGGUCACCUUCGCCAUGCCGGGGGAGAACCUGCGCGUGCGCCUCACCGGCAUUGAGGAGGAGGAGGUCUCCUCCGGCUUCGUGCUCUCUUCCCGCAAGCGUCCCAUUGGGGUAUGCACAGAGUUCGAUGCCCAGCUGCAGAUCCUGGAGCUGCUGGACCACAAGGCCAUAUUUACAGCUGGGUACAAGGCGGUGCUGCACGUGCACAGCGUGGUGGAGGAGUGUGAGAUCAUCAGCCUGCUGCAGCAGAUCGACCCCAAGACCAAGAAGCCCAUGAAGAAGAAGCCGCUCUUCGUCAAGAGCGGAGCCGUGGUGGUCGUGCGCAUCCAGGUCAGCGACCCCAUUUGCGUGGAGAAGUUCUCCGACUUCCCGCAGCUCGGCCGCUUCACUCUGCGCGACGAAGGCAAGACAGUGGCGAUCGGCAAGGUCACGCACCUGCGGUCCAGCUCUGACUGACGUUUUGGCCCCUCGUCUCACUUCCCCUCUGCUGCUCCCCCUCUCUCCCCCCGUAACAAGUGAGGCACGUAAAGAAAACAUAGCAUCAACCUUGCAACCGCUUUGCAGGAACAGGCCUUCCCCUUCAUACUGCCACCUGCCGCCCUGCCCCCGGCCACCACCUGACACUGCUCCUGUCCCUGCCACUGCCUCACAAAUGGCGGCUUCCUGCAUCCCUCUGCUCCUGCCUCUCUUCUCCAUGCAAGUCUCAGCAGGUCGAUAGCAACGCUCACGCUCAUGCUCAUGCUCAUGCUCAUGCUCAUGCUCAUGCUCAUGCUCAUGCUCAUGCUCACGCUCAUGCUCAUGCCUUGCUGCUGCCACACUGCGCGGAUGGUUUACAGACAGAAGCAUGGUGUGAGCAUGCAUCAUUCACCAACAAUGUGCCAUGUGUGUACUACAAGCAGCAACAUUUGCUCAGGGUUUCGGGCAUUAGAUGCAGAGCCAGAUAGGGUACAUGGCACGAUGCAACUUCAAUCAGGCACCAUCGUAGCACCUUUUUAGGCAGCAUUGCGGCAGAUUUGCGUUUUCUAUGGGUGUGUUUCCUUUCCAGGAUGGUCCAUAACUGAUGCACAAUCACCAGGCCUGCAGCAGGCCGUUACUGCCUCUAACAUGCCUUGAUGCUGUGGUGUGGUAAUGUACAUGUGAUGUGACUCAAACGGGCUUGAAAGUUGAAAUACCUUGGUAUCCA